AUGUUUUUUCCAACAAGUGUAUGGAUUGCAAUAUUUUUUACAAUUCUUUCUGUAUCUCUUUACAAUGUGUGUGCUCCUAAGUCAACUGGAUAUCAACCUAUUCGUGGUCCACCUCUAAAUAUUUUGACGCAUUUGAUAAUGUUUAUUCAGCUUCAUUUUUUUUUUACAGUCCCAGAAUUCACCGAAUUUUGGUGUAGGCUCUUUGGAGACACGGUUGGAGUAUGGAUGAAUGGAGGAUAUACAAUUAUUACUUGCGAUGCCGAAUUUACACAACAAAUCCUUUGUGGUAUUAAUUCAAAAAAUUUUAUUAUGCGUAUGGGUAAUGAUAAUGGAUUAAAAGAAAUUGGAAUGUAUCAAAAUGCGAUUAUUUGGAAUAACGACAUUUCAAAAUGGACCCUUCAAAAACGUAUAUUUCAAGAUGGUCUAGCAUUCAAUGCUCACCAUAGUACUUUUAUUAUUGCAAUAGAGAAAACUCAGCAAGAAAUUAAUCGUAUCAAAAUUUCUAUGAUAAAAAACAAUGCAUCAACUGUUGAUAUUUUAAAUUCAAUUUAUCAUAUUACUCUUGCAAUCAUUCUUGAAGUGUCUCUUGGUAUCCAACUUGAUUCGGAGAAGUCACAAUAUCUAAUUGAUAGUGUUCUUGAUUACCUUAAAGCUUUGAAAUUUUUUUUAUUAAAGCCACGUUUCAUAUGGCCUUUAUUUCCUUUCCAAUUUUUUCAUCACCGAAAAUCUAUUUUGAAAUUUCGAGAAGAAAUUAAAAACAUUAUUUCGAUUCUUGAUCCACAAGCAACCACAUUCUUACGUCAACUUUAUAAAAAUAACUUGACAGAUGAAGAAAUACUACAAAGCGUUCUUGAAAUGGUUCUUGUAGGCAUAGAUGCCACUUCUGUUAGUUUAUAUUAUACUAUACUACUUCUUACUGAAAAUAAAAAUAUCGUAAAUCAGUUAAUAGAUUCUUUAGAUGAUUCAUUUUUGGAAGCUGUUUUACAAGAAUCUUUGCGACUGAUGCCUGUGAAACCAGUUAUUAUUAGAAAAUCUCUGAAUGACUGUGAAGUUUCAGGAAUUCAUAUUAAAGCAAGAACUAACAUUGUAAUUAAUCUUGCUAAUAUGAAUCGUCACCAAAAGUGGUUUGACAAUCCACUUAAAUUUGAUCCACAACGUUUCAUAAAAAAUGAGAGUUUAGUUACUCUUUCUGCACCAAUGGGUCAUGGACCAAGAUCAUGUGUAGGUCAGUAUAUUGCAAUGGUCGAGAUGAAAGCUAUAUUAUCCGAGCUUCUCAAAGAAUUCAUAUUUACCAGGAUGGAUGAGACAAGACCAAUUAUCGACACAAAAAUUAGGUGGGAUAUAGUUCAACAACCGAUCUCUAAAGAAAUUCUUAGUGUACUUCCAAGAAAAAAGAUUGUUUUUAUAGGAGCUCAGAGUGUUGGUAAAACUACGCUGGCAAAAUUUGUCAAGAGUCAUAUGAAUGGAAUUCUAAUUAGUGAGACAGCGAGAGAUUUAAUAGAAGAAUUUAAUUUAAAUACAGACCUUGUUAGAAAUGAUCCUGAUAAAACAUUUGAAUUUCA